AUGCCCGACCCUGGCAGAACUAAUCCUGAACUAGGCUCUCAUCUCAAUAUCCUAUUAAAUUCUGCUAGUCUUUAUAUCACUCAAGGAGUUGCGCCAUCGACACUCAAAUCCUACGUUUCGGCAUGGUCCUGGUUUACGAAAUUCUGUUUUUCGUUCAGAAUUCCUAUUCUCCCCAUUUUAAUUUCUACAAUUUGUGCAUUCGUAGUUCAUUGUUUCGAAUCCCGUAAUCUGAAGAUCGCUACAAUACGUAAACUGCUGGCUGGCAUUCAAUUUCACGCACGAUUCCAUAAUCCCAACUAUCCAAGUAUUUUCUCAACGCCCGCUAUUCGGCUUUUACUCAAAGGCAUAGAAAAAUCUGCUCAAAAGACACCAGACAAAUGUCUCCCCAUUACGCUAAAUCUUCUGCACAGACUUACUUCUUCUCUAAGUAACAGUUCGUUUUGCGAGUACAUAAACAUUCUCCUCGAGGCAGUGUUUCUGUCUGCUUUUUAUGGGUUUAUGCGAUUAGGGGAAUUCGCCUCUGAUUCAAAAAUCUUUAAUCCUGCUCGCGGCUUAUGUCUCUCCGAUUUGCGUUUCUCUUCAUCUUCAUUUAAUUUAUUUAUUAAAUAUUCUAAAGCUGAUUCUUCUGGUACAGGUGUCACAAUUACGAUCUCAAAAAUUAAUUUUUUCUGCCCUUACACAUCUAUGGUCAGGUACCUCAAAGCACGUCCUCGCACUCCAAAAAAUUCACCCCUAUUUAUAUUACCUAAUAGACUCCCAAUGACAAAGCAAUGGUUUAGAACUCAUCUAGCUUCCGUCUUAACACUUUGCGAUCUUUCUCCACAUCUAUACACUGGGCAUUCCUUUUGCAUCGGAGCUGCGACAACAGCAGCUGAAUGCGGUGUUCCUGACUCAACCAUCCAAAUGUUAGGCAGAUGGUCGUCCACGGCAUACAAGAUCUACAUCAGAUCCGACAAGCAAAUUCUACUUAACGCUCAACAAGCUCUCUCAACCUACAAUCAAGGUUCUUAGGUGUCCUAGUGAAGUUCCCCUCCAUCCUCCCCACCACAAGGAUGGUCCCUGUCCACUCGUACAGAGGGGUAGGCUCCGCCCCUGCCUUUAUCUUCAGGCAGGACCUACCAGCUAACAUCAAGACCUGGAGAAGGACGGGGGCCUACGCCAAAGAACUUUGAGACAGAGCUUGUCGAGGGUUUUAUUUUAAUUUUAUUUUAAUUUUAUUUUUUUUUAUUAUUUCAUUUAAUCUGAUCUUGUACCAAAUAAAUCAUUCAUAUUUAAUU